AUGUGCAAUGAAUUUUUGUCCGAACAGAAUAAAACAGGAGUUCAGCGAGGCACACACGACCGACGAGCACAGUCCCACGCGUGUGGCUAUUCUGGCCGCAGCGACAUUGCCUGCGCCGACGAAAUUGGCCAGUCUCGUGGAAGAGGCCACCGACAGCGCAAAGGGAACCAUGUAGAGCAGCGAAACGAGGCUGGAAAGAGCCGACUGCGUGGCCAGCGCGUCUGUUCCGAAGUACGAGGCCAGCAGCGUGAGGACCUCGUACGCCAGCGACUCAGCCAGAAGCGUGAUUGUGCCUGGAACAGCCAGCAGCGACAGGUCGUACCAGUGCGACAGCGCGUCCCUGGAAAACCCGUCCCAGCACUCGUCUCCGUCGAUGAACAUCACGUAGAGCACCAGGAGGAUGAACAUGAGCCAGAAGUUGAUGACGGCCGCGAUGGGGGCGCCAAUGUAGCCAAAGCCGAGGUAGUAGAUCAGCAGCCAGUUGACCAGAAUGUUGAUUGGCGACGUGAUGAAGAGGAUCAGAAUGCCGGCCUCGAAGAUCUCCUGAGCCUGGAGGAACCGUUUCCCGUUCUCGAAGAGAAUAUACGCCGGGCCUCCCAGGAUCAGAAUCCGCAGAAACUGCUGCGAGAGCCGCACCACCUCUGUGUCGUCGAUGAAUUUGCUGAGCACCGCGCCGCUGUUCCACCAGAAAAAAGCGGCCGGAAUGUACAGAACGAGAGAAAACAGGCUGCAGCGCUGUGUGUGGACGCCGACCUUUGCGUACUGGCCGGCUCCGUACGCCUGCGGACACAGCGUAUCGAGCGACGUCGCUAUUCCCUCGUAAAUCGCCAGCACGAUCGUGCUCGUCAUGGAAGCCAUGCUCACUGCUGCCAGUUCCUGCUUCCCCAGAUGUCCGACGAAUAUCACCGACACAAGAGAGAAUAUCUGCUCUAA